AUGUACUCCAACGCGGUUUACUAUCCCAACUGGCACAUCUAUCGCCACCAGCCGCCUUCCUCGUUACGCCUGGAUGUCAUCUCCCACGCCUUCUACGCGUUCGCAUGGGUUAAGCCAGACGGAACUGUCUAUCUCAGCGAUGAUUGGGCUGAUGCUCAGAUCGAUGUGGAUGGCGUGAAGGGGUGCCUGCGAUCCUUCGCGGCGCUCAAGCAACGUUACACCGUGCUGAAAGUCAUUCUCUCAGUAGGCGGAGGAGGUGCCGGGAGUGAGCCCUUCGCUGCUGUCGCGCGCAAUCCGGUGACGAGAGAGAACUUUGCACGAACUGCAAGGGAUCUGGUGUUGCAGUAUGGGCUCGACGGGAUUGACAUCGAUUGGGAACACCCGUCCGACGCUCAGCAGGGCGCCGACUACGUACAGCUACUGGCACGCCUACGCGCUUGGAUGCCAGCACCACGAUUUACGUUGACUUCGGCUCUUCCUGCUGGUGAAUGGGCGCUCAGCAACAUCCCCCUAGGGCAAGCGGCAGAGUAUCUCGACCUCGUCAAUGUAAUGGCCUAUGACUUCUCCGGUCCUUGGGUUGAUGCAUGCGGACAUCAUGCCCAGCUCUUCACGCCUCACCGCCCGCAUAAUGACGCAGCUACUAUCUCCUGCCAGUCAGCUGUUAGCUACUUUAUCUCCCAGGGUGUACCGAGGAACAAAAUCCUUCUUGGUGUGCCCGCAUACGGACGCUCUUUCUUGGGCACGCCCGGCGUAGGACAUAGUUAUGCAGGUCAUGCUGGCGAAGAAGGCACUUUCGAGUACAAGGUCUUACCGAGGCCCGGCGCAACGGAACACGUUGACGAGCGGACUGGCGCAGCCUACUGCAUCGGAGGCGAUGGAGGAUUCGUUACGUAUGACAACCCUCACACGGUGAAGAUGAAAGCGAAGUACGUCAAAGAGAACGGUCUUGCUGGGCUCUUCUACUGGACAGGCACUGGAGACGCGCCAGACGCUCGGAGUCUUGUCUACAACGGCUAUUGCGAGUUGCAUUUCUGA